AACUUAAAGAAUUAAAAAUGUUAUUUCAAGAUAGCGGUAUGUACGCCAUGUUGGAUUUAAAUAUAAUAAUGAUAGCGAAUUAUAAUUCAAUCUUUCAUUCGAAUAGUGACUAGUAUUGUAUUAUUGUUAAUAUUUUUACAAGUUUAUUUUAUUCCAUUCCAUUGCAUGCUAUAUUUUGAUGUAGCACUGUUGAUGCAGUUUGCAGUUUUGGCAUAGUUUUGUUUAUGUCUAUAGGCGACGCCUGAGACUUUCGAUCAGUAUCGUUCUUAGCGUGCCAGACAGGGUAUGUGUUCGCGUGGCCGUCCUAUACCACUGACUUCUUCAGAUCCAAUGAAACUGUUCUCUCUACUCCUAUGUCCACUUGGGAGAUCUCGUUGCUGGGCAGCCUACCGAAUAUAGGCGGUUUGAUUGCAACGCCCUUCUGUGGCUACGUUUUCAAUGUACUAGGAAGAAAAUAUGCUACAAUCUUGUUCGGAUUGCCGUAUGUUAUAGCCUGGGCGAUAAUUUCCCUCACAACCAAUGUAACUCUCAUACUAAUAGCUAUGACCGUGGCUGGUAUAGGAAUUGGAGGUCAGAACGUAUCAUUGAUUUACAUAUCGGAGAUAUCGCACGAUUCCAUCAGAGGUGGAAUGACUGCGUGUUCAGCGUCAGGAUUUUUCCUCGGCCUCCUAAUAUCUUACGUACUCGGGGGUUACCUGACGUAUUACCAAGUAGUGUAUGCCCAUUUGACGCUGUCUGUGGCUGGGAUGUUGCUGCUUAUGUUCCUCAAGGAGUCUCCUGUUCAUCUGUUACGUAUUGGUAAAGAAGAGGAAGCAGCGAAAUCUAUAGCCUUUUACAAUCAAGUCGACGUACACUCCAAGGAAGUGGAGGUGGAGAUAAGAAAAAUUAAAUUACAGUUAGAUCCGAGAUUGGAGAAGAUUCUAGCUGAACAACAAGAUCCGGAAGUAACGAGUGGAUUGCUAAAUGAAAAAUUAGGGAAUGAUCUUGAAAUAAACAAGGAAUCGCCUUGGAAAAUUUUAGCCUCAUCAAGGUCAUCAAAGCGAGCUCUGAUCACUGUGCUCCUAGUGAUGACUUUAACGCUUCUGAUGGGCUGCAUAGUACUUCAGGUCUACGCUGAGCCUCUGUUCAAGGAAGCAGUGCCUUCAAUGCCGCCAAAUAUGUGUUCAAUAAUCUUAGCAAUCGACUUUCUGUUAGCCAGUUUUGGAUGCGUUUUGGUCGUUGACAAGUUUGGUAGAAAGAAUCUUUUCAUCAUCACAUCGUUAAUAUGUGGAUUAUGUACAUUGCUACUUGGAAGCCAAUUACAGUUUCACUGGGCGCCACAUUGGUUCACGGCGUUCCUAAUCUAUGCCUAUAGUUUCAUUUUCUCGUUGGGAUGCGGUAUGGUGCCGUUUGUACUGAUGGCAGAAGUGUUUCUACCUGAGGUAAGAGACCUCUGCAGUAGUAUUGGACUGUCCGUUAUGUGGUUGGGCAAUUUUAUUACUGUAUUAGUCUUCAAUCCACUGGUGGAGAGGCUUGGUCUCGGUCCAGUUUUCUACAUAUUCUCAGCUAUUUGCUUUCUUACCGCUGUCUAUGGUCAGUUCAGGUUACCAGAGACAAAAGAACUGUCUGUAGACGCUAUACAAGUGCUAUUCUUGAAGAGAAAUAAAUCAAAAUGAAUGAUUUGAUUGAGAUGCCAUUCGAAUGAGUAUUUUUUGUAUGCUUUGGUUCUUAUAAAAGUGAUUCUAAGAGUUUCCCGAUAAUGCUUUCGUGUUUCAUUGAUCGAAACGUUUGGGAAUUAAAUAAUUAUGUUGUUAUAUUUGAAUUUGAAAUCUGUUUUGUUUUAUGACCUUAUAACACUAAUUUUAAACCGAUUUAGAAAAUUAUUUUUUUUAUUUGAAAGGAUAUAUUUAUAGAUUAGUCCAAUAGAAAUUUUAUCAAAAUCGAUCUUUUCUUUAGAUCAAAAUAUUCGAUUCUGUCACAAUUGAAGUCUGUUUUUUGUGGGACACAAUCUUUAAUUAUUAAUAAAGCAUUGUGAAUGUAUUGUGGAUUAAGUUGUAAACAUCUAAGUUGUAUGCAUCUACACUUAUUAGAUCUGAUUGGUGCGUAGAAUAAAGCUUAGACUUAACAAUAAAUAUAAUAAAUAAACUUUUUAAUUAUAAACAGGUUGUCUUUUCAUUUUUUUAAAGUUGACUAGUAGAGAGUUCUAUUAGUACUAAGUCCGCCUACUGUAAACUUAUUAUUGUUGUACUGUAUUGUAUUUUGUGGACAAUAAAGUUCUAAAUGAAUUAGU